AUGUUGAAAGAUGUGUUGGGUGUUCAACUAUAGAAAGUUAAUGUUUGAAAAUUUUUGUUCAGACUGAAGAAAAUUGGAUUGAUUUUCAAACAGACGAAGGUGUACCUACUUGUGAAUAAAGGGAGGAAAUCCUUCAAAUCAGCUGAUUUGCCACCAUCAUCGGUUGACGUUAUUCCUCACAUCGCUCCAGCAUCGCCAGCCUGCUGGGAUUGUGUUUUUGGUGGUUUUGCUCUGUGCCGAAUUCUCCUGUCAACCGAAUUCUGUUGGGCAAGUUCAUUAUCGGAUCGAUUUUCAUUUCGAGAGUCUUGGGAUUGUAGGAUUUCCUGAAAUCCUGCUUGAUUUGUGUGAAAUCAAUCGGGGAAAAUGCAACCAAUAGCUUAUCCAGUGUUUAUGCUUUAGUGAAUGGUUCGGUUUAUGGUGAACGUUAAUCGGAUAUGCACUAGAAUGGCUUUUCGGCGACAUCCUUUCGGUUGUUCGAUUAUUCAACCGCGGCAAAAGUGAUAAAACGUGUGGAAAAAUCAAUUUUCCUGGUGUAUUAUUUAUAAUUGCUAGUUUUAAGCAGUACGGCAAACGGAAGAAGGGCAAAAAACAUCUACGGUAGAGCUAGAAUUAGUAAAAAAAUGCUUUGCCUCGUUCUGGGAAUUGUGCUGGGUGUAGUGGUGGCCCUGUAUGCGUUUUUCGAACUGCAUUACUUCCUGCGGAUGUGCCUUUGUGUGAUUGCGGCUCGCUUCGUCAAAAAGCGAAUCUACAUCUUGGAAACGACCGUAGUGACAGGAUUGUGUCUAACGAACGACAUCGACACGCUGCUCUACCAUAUGAACAAUGCGCGCUACCUGCGGGAAAUCGAUUUCGCGCGGGUCGACUUCUACGAGCGCACCCAUCUCUACCGGACAAUCCGUGCCAAGGGUGGGUCGGUGGUGCAAGGGGCCACCACCAUCCGAUAUCGACGCUUCAUCCGGCCAUUUACCCGAUUCAGGAUUAGUUCUAAGAUUGUCUACUGGGACAAACAAUCGAUAUUUAUGGAGCAUCGGUUCCUAGGCUGUCAAGAUGGCUUCGUCCACUGUAUUGCGCUUUGCCGACAGCGGGUUAUCGAGUGCUCGGUGGAGGAUGUCAUGGCAACCCUGUUGAAAAAUACUGCCUGCGCUACUACGACCAGUUCGACCGAGUGCUUGGAGCGGUUGGAAAAUGGCGGUACUGCACUCAGCAUGACGCCAAUCCCGUCGCCAAUUGUCAGCGUUGGCGCAAGUGGCAAUGGAGGUGGAAAUGGAAAUGGUAAUGGAGGUGACAGGGAUUACGUGAACAAGUUGAAGCCUGAACUCCCACUGGAGAUUGCCAAGUGGCUCGAGUGGAACGAAAUGUCCAGUGCUACAUUGCGAAGCGAAUGUUAAAAUUGCUGAUAGGUAUAACUCUUUUCUAAUUGCGCUAAAAUAGGAAAAUUUAACUGUUGUUCUAUUUUUAACAUUCUUCAGAUAAUUAUGUAAGAGAGAAAAUAUUUUUCUUUAAUCCUGUUAUUAAUUUCUGUUGAAAUAAACUUCAAAUUUUAAAAUAA